UACUACAAUUUAUGUGCAUGUUGAUAAUGUUUUUCUUUCAGUUUAUAUGAGCAGUCAGAGGUUUCCUUUGUGGAGGCGCAUGUACAUGCUGCAGAGAGACAGAAACUAAACUGUGAACUAAAAGCAAUCAGCAGUUUCUGCACAAGUCGGCAGGCAAGUGCACAAGAAACUAAGGCAAUUACUGAGGAUCUGCUGUGUGAUGGAGAGAGGAGAAGGCAACAGUUCAAUCCCCCAAGGUCACAACUGUAACCACUCAGAGGAAUACAAAUUCACCACCUACACCGUGGUCUUCAGCCUGGUCUUUACUUUUGGUCUCUUGGGCAACGUCGGUGCUCUGUACAUCUUCUGUAAGCUCUCGGUGAAGAAUCGUCUCUCUACCAUCUUUCUUAUCCACCUUGCUAUGUCAGACCUCAUCUUCAUUUUGUCAUUGCCGCUACGGAUCGCCUUUUACUACAACAACUCGACUGGUAUGCAGGAAUCUUCUCCCAGGUCCACGGUAUCAUAUUUGAGCCUUGCCUGCCGUUUCUCCACCUUCUUGUUCUACAUCAGCAUGUAUUGCAGCAUCUUCUUUCUGACAGCCCUGAGCGUGUGCCGCUACCUAGUGCUAGAGGGUCGAGUCCGGCUCCAGAACCAUGAGGCUUGCAGAUGGGCUCGCUUCCUGUGCUGGGGAAUUUGGGUCUUUGUGGUAGGGGGAAACAUUUUAUACCUUGGUAUAACCUCUGGGUUCAACAUUCAGACAGGGGGAUGCAUGGAACCAGCAGGGAAAGAUUCCUGGGCUUUGCUGUAUAAUCUGAACCUGGUGGUGCUGGUGAUCUACUUUUUGGUUCCGCUAACAGUGGUAUUGAUUUGCUACUCCCUCAUGGUCAAACACAUCUUGAGGAUCCGGGCUGGCCAAAGGCAGCGCGAUGUGGCUUUGAUCUUCUUGGUGCUUUUGAUCUUCUGUCUUUGUUUCCUGCCCUACCACAUCCAACGCACUCUGCAUCUGCACUAUAUGAUGCACCAGCAGACAGCGACAUGCCAGUUGCUGGCCACCUUGCAGAAAUCGGUGGUGGUGACACUGUGCUUUGCUGCAGUCAACAGUUGCCUGGAUCCAAUUCUCUUCCUUUUUGUGGGCCAUGGGUUCAUAGCAUUGAUUAAUAAGUUUAUUGCUCAUGUACAUGUUUCUGGUACACUAGAUAAUACCAAUAUGAGGUCCACGCCUCCAGGUGGUAUGCAGCUAUCAUUGGUUCAAAAACCAAAUACUGCAGACAUGGACCAAGCUUCCUCUUUGGAGUAGCUACUCUCACAGAAAAAUGAUAUUACUGUUUGAUGGCACCACACACACCAUGGAUCCACAGUGAUGAGAACAUUUUGACUUGACAUUGAAGCAAGUUUUCUCAGAAAUAUCAUUCUUUGAACAGAGUCUGUGAUAGUGAAGGAGCCUGAAGAGAUCAGCAGUUAGAUUGUAUUGGUUUCACUUUGUAAGCACAUUUUGCUGCACAGCUAUGAGCAUGGGUAUAUAUUCACCAAGUGCAUAAGCCUGGCUUAGCUACAGUGCCAUCCACGAUCAUUGUCCCCCGUAAAGAUUAGGAAAAAGGGUUAGAAAAAAUCCACCUGUUAGUGAAGUUGCUUCAUCUCACGCUGAAAAAGUGAGAAAAAGCCGACCUUUAAUUCAAAUAAUUUGAUUCAGAGAAAAACAAACCCCUGAUCAAGAAAUUAUUAUUUUAAACAAAAACACACAUGCCAUUAUUAUUGGCACACCAAUAAUGGAAAUUAUAGUAAACACAAUGUAACUGAAGCAUGUUUCCCAUUUAAAUUGUACAUUUCUGAGUUGAUUGUAGUGUGUAGAAACUUUCAAGCUGUGAUCCAUGACUUCCUGAUUAACUGGGAUACAAAUAUGAGGUGACACAGAGGUCAAAUUCCCUUAGUCAUCCAUCAACAUGGGAAAGAUAAGAGAACACACAAAGCAAAUGAGGGAGAAGUGUUCCAGCAGGACAAUGAUCUGAAGCAUAUGUGGCAGAUCACAGAAUCCAGGGACACGUGUCGGCCCGGGGGCAUUUUGAGUUAUUGACAGAUUCAGAAAGUACAGUUUCUAAGCUUUCCAAUGAUGCCUUCCAUGUGGAGAUCUGACAAUAUUUGAAGAAUGUGUGGCCCUUUGAAAGUGUAUACUUCUUAAAACAGAAAAGGGAGAAAAUCGCCCUCAAAGUUUUCCAUCUCAGCUACUCUGGGUGUAGGGCGGGCACAUAAUGGUGCUCAUUUGCAUGACAUUAAGGAAAGCCCUACCCCCUACGAGCUAGCACGAUACUACUUUCAUGUAAACAAAGAUCACCACGUCAAUUUUCCUUCCAUGCAAAGUAUGCCCAACACAAUUAUGAAGUACAAAAAUAAGUCCUAAAGUAUACUUUAACGUUUUGUGGUUGAAAAAUUACUCACACCGUAAGAAAGGAAGAUAGCACGAUGAUGACACAACUAACACAACACUAGUUUCAUGUAAAGCCUCGGUCACAACCGGCCGUACAGUACGCGCUCCUACGGCCGGUCUACAUGCAAAAAAACGCAAGAAACACACGGAGAGCGCGCAUGAAACGCACAAGAGCGCGCAUGUGAUGUGCUGAUUUUCGAGCCGCAGACCGGCCGCAGAGGUUCUUUGUCAUGUCAAACAAACUCUACAGGCGCUUACGUUUUUUUCAGGUUGCAAGACAAACUUACGGCCAACGCGCGUCUUUCUCCGUGAACAAAAAAAAAACGCAGCGAUUUGGGAAACGCCAAAAAUCACACGGCCAAAAAAUCGUACGUCCGGUUGUGACCUAGGCUUAACCAAACCACAACACUCUCCGUUACAUGCAAAAAUAACCACACAGCCUUAAAUUAAUAAACUUACCCCAUCAGAAAGAGAAACGGCGCCUUGCACACACCAAUGCCUCCGAUGGAAUGUAAUCCUAGAAUGGUCCGUGUAUCAUCCAAUCAUUCAAGUAUUCCAUUCAAUCUGGAAAACGAGGUUGCGUUUUUUUUGCUAGAAAUGGUUAUCUCCGAUGUAAAUACCGAGUAUCUGUUUGCUUCGUGGUGUUUGCUCCUCUGCACUCUGUUUAGUAACUCAUUCCAUAGUGAAAUCACACGCCUGUAUGCAGUUAAGUAGCCAUGCGCUCAGCUCGGAUCAUACAGCUGAUUCGCGAAAAAAAAAAACAAAUGACUUAAAUCAUCAUGUGAAUGGCCCAUAUGGUAAUUUACCCACACCCCCCAGCAGGCUACAGUCCUGACAAAAACGAGACAAUUUGCAACAAAAAAUGUAUGCUUUUCCAACAAAACAAUCUAUUAUCUGAAAUACUGAUUGCAUUCUUCAAGCUCUCAACUUGCACAUGAUGGAAAAAAAAUCACAAAUUUCGAAAAAAAAAAGCUUCUUUUGCGAUUAUCUCGGAUUCGUUUCGGCCGACAUGUGUCCCUGGAUUCAGUGAGGGGUCACAUAUGUCCAAAUCAACAUAAAAAUGGUUCACUGAGCACAGAAUCAAGCUUCUGCCAUGGCCAUCUCAGUCCCCUGAUCUGAACCCCAUUGCAAACCUGUGGGCCGAGCUGAAGAGGAGUGAGCACAAGAGAGGGCUGAGGACCCUGAAUGAUCUGGAGAGAUUGUGUAAAGAGGAAUGGUUUCAGAUAUCCUGCUCUAUCUCCAACAUUAUAAAAUGUUAUACUGUAGGAGAGACUCCGUGCUGGGUUUUUUUUUGUUUUUGUUUUUUUGGCAAAGGGAGGUUAUACAAAGUAUUAAAUGCAGGGGUGCCAAUAAUAGUGACACAUAUUUUUGUUGUAUAUAAUUAUUCCUGGGCGGUACGGUGGUGUAGUGGUUAGCGCUGUCGCCUCACAGCAAGAAGGUCCGGGUUUGAGCCCCGUGGCCAGUGAGGGUCUUUCUGUGCAGAGUUUGCAUGUUCUCCCCGUGUCCGCGUGGGUUUCCUCCGGGUGCUCCGGUUUCCCCCACAGUCCAAAGACAUGCAGGUUAGGUUAA